AUGACAGCAUUUAAUUCAGCAAGACACUCAGUUGGUAGACCAAGGAAAGAAUUCAUAAUGAAAUCAUCAAUAGGUUCAACUGUUGCCACACCAACAAGUCUGCACUUUCUCAGCAUCGUGGAAAAAGUUAAACUGGUGCAAAAUGGCGACAGGAAAUUUGGUUGUGAUGAGAAAACUAUCAAAGCGGUUUGUGUACAAAAUUCAGUACAAAGGGAUCAGCUAGGAGGCAGUGAUAUAUAUGAAACAGUUCGUUCUGAAGUUAGGCGGGCUAUUUCUGAGAUUCAGAUUAACCUCGAAAGUGCUAUUCAAGUGAGUAACGCUACAGCCGUUACUGUCACCGAUAUGGCUGAUAUUCAUCCUGACUUGCUAAGCCCUGGUACAAUAGAAUUAGCAUUGGAGACUAGAAGAGAGUAUACCAAAAAGCUUGAAGAGGCCAAAGAGCGAGCUAGACGUCUUAGAGCAGAUCUGGCAGUUGAAGAACAUCGAUCUCGUCCAUCAAGAAAAUCUAGCAUUGAAAGAAAAAGGAUGUCGAAACGUCUUGCAGAAGAUGCCAAGGCUUAUUUUGACGAGUGUGUAUCACUAUCAACAUUCGAUAGUUCGGACUUUUCAUCUCAAGAGGAUCCUCCGCUCAGUAUGGUUGGUCCACCUACUCCAUCUCGUUUAACCGAGCAAUCCGGCACUCGAGAACAAUCACACCAUAUCCAUUAUGACACAAUGCAGCCACCAGCCAGCAUUGAUUCCGAGGAAGCUAUCCAUGAACAAGUCAGCUCAACUGCUGAUAGCAAAGAAACUGACUCUAAACACUGCUUCUCCUUUGCACAGAAACCAUCUGAAGGCACUACAGCUCAACAAGAUAUCCAACAAUACAUAAAAAAGUUUGAAAAAAGUGUUUCAAAGUUGCCAAGUAUGAGAUCAAGUUAUGGUGACAUGUGUGACUAUAGUUUCCAAUCAUCAGCUGAGAGCUUGUUGAUUGACAGGGUGAUGCUAAGAAGUAGAAUUGAAUCUGGUAGGUUUUUACUCUGUGGUGGUGGUAACUUUUGGUCACCUUGA